AUGCACAGUGCUGAGACAUCCUUCCUGGUCAGCUACGAAGGCACUAAGCUCGAAGAAGUCUCCCUUUUCAUGAAUCAAAUAGAUCUUGACGGUGGCCGCGAGCCUGGAUUUGCUGCUGGAAAGUUCCUCUGUGCGGAUGACACUACUCGAGAACUAGCUUUUAUGCGAGUCUAUUACCAGAUUCCUACCUCUGGUACUGAGUGGUCACCCUCUAAAGUCAGAGCUACUCAGGUAGUCCCACCGAUAAAGCUUGCAGAGUUGGUGGCCUUUAAAGCUCUUAUAGAGCAAGAAUGUACUGUCAUUCCUAAGCUCCUAGGGUACCAGGACGGAAAGCAGCUAGGUGAUGGUAUCAUCCCCGUAGGGUUUACUACUAGGAUCGUCUGGAAGAAAGUUGCAGGGGUUCCAUUAUCGCAGAGUUAUUUCUGGAAUCUCGACCAAUUUCAGCGACAACUUAUACGUGAAGAGUUUCGCCGUGUUUAUGAGCGUAUUUCAGGGGUUCGAAUGGCUGUCCCUGUUGACAGUAGGCGCAAAUGGACGGAUACAAGCUAUGUCACAUAUAUGCUAGCUAAAGCGCCUCGCAGGACGGAUUGGUAUGAACACGAGGAAGAGUGGGAGUUCUGA